AUGUUCCGGAUCGAGGGCCUCGCGCCGAAGCUAGACCCGGAGGAAAUGAAACGGAAGAUGCGCGAAGAUGUGAUCUCUUCCAUACGCAACUUUCUCAUCUAUGUGGCUCUGCUGCGAGUCAGUGAGUAUUCUCUAGGGGACCAAGAUAGCAGCAAGGAGCUCGCCGACGCAGCCCACCCGAGCCUGGCCCUGCAGGCCGUUGAGGGCCAUUUAAAAGCUGAUCUGAGCUCUCCUUUUAUCUUAAAGAAAUUGGAUAGCAUAUAA